GAUGCUGCAAUAAGAUCAUACUGACAAAGUUAUCAUGAGUGAUCGAAGCGAAACUCUUCCAGAGUUUCCAUGUUGCAUGCUUUGGUCCUUGGACUCUCCCGCUGUGUAUUCAAUUUCUGGUUCGUGGCUUCUGCAAUGAGCAACUACAAAGGAUGCUUCAUGUUAUGAAGAUCCGAACGUGAACUUCACAUAAUGAUGAUAUUGACGAUCAGUUCGUGGAGGAUGGGGCUGGAUAUGAUGAAGCUUUGGUCGUAGCAGCUCUCAUUUUCAAAAUGCAAAUGUGAAGAAAAAUCUCCUACUGCCGAAUGGAAAGGUAGUAAGUCGGGCCAAACUUACGUCGCUUGAAUCACUCGAGUAAGAGUCACUGUCAGAGACGUCGACGCAGUCAUCUCAAACUCAUGGCAGCCGAAGCUAUACGAGCAGAAGGCAACGACCUCUAUGCAAGAGGUCGAUAUACACAGGCUAUCAACAAGUAUGAGCUGUACAUAGAGCUUGUCACGAAGGAGAAAGGUGGCCUUGACAGAAUAGUAUGCGGGCACUCGAAUCGAGCACAAGCCUACUUGCAGUUGAGAAAAUAUACCAAAGCGCUUGAAGACGUGAGGAAGGCUCUGGAGCUGGACCCCACUCAUCUAAAGAGCUUAGUGAGGAAAGCGAAGGCAUUGGAGGGACUGAAAAUUUACCAAGAUGUCGUCACCAUCUACAAGAGUUUGCUUCAGAAUUUUAAGGAUCAGCUGCAUGAUGUCCAUGUAAAGGACUUUCUGCGGUCGUUGCAGGAUGCGGAGAGGAAGGAUAAGAUGACUCGACUCGGUCAAUACGAAGAGCUCGUUGAUUCUUACUGGGAUCAACCAUGUCCCAAUGGGGCACCGAUGAUGGAGGAGUAUGUCGGGCCUGUAGAACUCAGAAGAGUAGAGCGCAUGGAUAGAGGUCUAUUCGCAACGAAAGACCUUGAACCUGGCGAUUUAUUAUUCGUAAGUAAUUCUAUAGUGACAGUGAGAGUUCCCAUUGCUAAGGGAGACAUCCAAAUCUCGGUGGAAUCCAAGAGUGAAGCGAUGCAUUUGGUACUGGAUUCUCUCAAAAGAUUCGUCAAUCAUGCAUUUGAUAACCUGCAAGAUUUCUCUCAGUUUCAACUACUGGUGCAAGUUGAUACUUUGGCAGGCCCAUACCCGACAGCACCUUUGAGCAGAGAUUGUCCUUCGAUGAGAUAUUUCACUCCAGUUAAUGCUCUUCCUCCAGGUUUGAGGAAUCUCAUGCGCCCGGAUCUUGACCAUCCCACCAUCAGAGCUGACUUCAGCCACAGCACGCUGAUGAAAGUGGUAGAGAGGAGGCAAUUCACUCACUGGGGUAACGACCAUGACGAGCUGACUGGGAUUUAUGCUCUUCCCUCUCUCAUGAACCAUUCCUGCACUCCGAAUGUGACCGUCACUACAAUGCAGAAUGAGAGUGUGACCAAGAUAUUCAGGGCCUGUAAGAGCGUUAAGAAGGGAGAGGAACUAUUCUAUGCGUAUCACAAUAUAUUCUGCCCUCUAGAAGACAGGAGAGCAUUCUAUCCCACACUGUGCUGUACAUGUGCAAGGUGUAAACUGGAGGAGAGGCUUGUCGCAGAAGUGCCGGCUUUGAAGAGUUUAGAAGCGCAAUGUAGCAAGUUUUGGGAACAGAAAUCUAGCUUCUCACAACUGAGUCCAGAAGAACGAGCUAAGAGGAGAAACCAAUGCAUAAUAUGCAUAAGGCUGGUGGAAGAGCUUCUUCAGAAGAAUUCUAAGCUGCAGAUCUUACGAACUCAUGAGAAGGAUUGGAUUCGGGCUACGUUGAUUCGGUUUCAUCGACUUCUCCUGGAUCCUGCUCUGUCGUUGAAGGAUGAUGCUCUUAAAGAGGAUCAGCUGUCGGAGAUGCGCCUGAUAUUUGAAGCUGUGAGAGCCAUGCGUACUGUCAAUCCAGGAUCCGACAUUGCGCUGGCAAUGAUAUCAGAGGAGUACAGUCGAGUGGUGAACCAAAAUUCCAGGAAAGAGUUGGAGCCGCAUGGCUUGUCUGAUUUGUUUCUCACAGGUCUGGAGAUUACUCGACUCAUGAACGGUCCGAAGUUGAAGUACCGGACGAUCCUCAAACUAUUCAACUACACCAGUAUAUUGCUGUGCGGACACCAGUGAGCUGGAGCUUCUGACUGUUUGUCUCGAAGAUAAAUCAGUUAUUCGAUCUGACGAUACAACUCAACAGGCCUUCAAUGUCUGCGAAAAAGGUUCCAGCCGUGCUCCUUUGCCAUUCGAGUGGAGUUACUGCUUGUGGAGCACGGUUAGCCUGAGUGAGAAUAAUGAAGACUUCAAAGUAGUGGAGUCAAUAAUAAUGUUGGUGAAAGUGGCUAAUUAUGCCAUGCACGAGAAACCCGUGCUUCAAAUACAGGUUCCUUUUCUAGCUGUUAGCGGCAAUAGUGAAUUUCAUCUUCUGUGACAUUUCGUAAACCAAAAUCAAUAUUACUCGCAUUAACAAGCACAUACUUUUCUUUCCGCUGUAUGGAUCAUACAAACAACGUUA